UUCGCGGUACUUCAAAAUGACAGUUUCCACCGCAGGAAUAAUAGUCUGGCAGUUCGCUGUGGAUUGUUUCUGCUCCGAAAACUUUGCGAUGCGUUUCGGUAAUUUGCCUCGAUAACGCGCUGACAGAACUCGCUGCAAAAUCGAAAGCAAAGUUUGCGAUUCUACGAUCGAUCAACUAAUCGCAAUGCAAACAGCACUUCGUACACAAGAAAUUAGCAUUGCACGACACAUUACAAAAAAUGUAUUUAAUGUAAUUGUAAUUAUCAUUGCUGUUAAAAUUGCUGAAUACAUUCGGAUACGUCGAAGAAGUCUGAAAAAGGUCAAAGAUAAUAUCAAACUUAUUCUAUCAAGAUGUGAUGAUUUGUUUGUUUAUUGGGAAAAUCCUCUCAUCUAUUUACGUCACCGCUUCUAGUUGCAGAAACUGUUGAUGAAUCAUCGAGUUUAUACGUGCCAUCUAAUAUAAUUAAUGUAAAAUUCUGUCGAAAUCUAGUUAUUGUCUCCGAUCGCGUCACAAUCCUCGUAUUGGCGCGAUGAAAGCAUCAACCCCGUAUUCCUAUGUUUUGCGUCCUUGCAUUAUGCGUCGCGUGAGCCAAUAAUGAAUAAUCCAGAGGCUACUCUUCUACGGAUUCCUUUUUUAGAAAUUCAUCGGACACGCGUAAAUCCACCGUGCAAUUUCUGGUAGCAGUAAUCUUUCGAGAAAACCUCGAGUCGCUGGAAACCGCACGGCAGCGUCUCGUAAAUCCCGCCGUGUCGUCAUCGAAGGACAAAGAGAAGAAGUUAUCCUUUGCGUGGCGAAUCGCGUUACACUUUGCGGGAGCGAACCGAGAGAAACGAGAGGCAGCUCCCGGUUGUGCGUCGUGAAGAACGGAUCGCGACUCCGAAAGUGUCGCGACUUGGCGGUCGGCAAACUUGAACAAGCCUGGUCACGGGAAUUCCUCCCCAGUGCAGUGAGCAAUAAAUGCAGCGCGGCAUGCAGUCGUCGUGACGCGUUCGCAGCGCAAAGUCGCGGCGAGAGAGACAGACGAUAGAACUGAUGCAACCCACAAUUGCAUCCCGUUCAUGUCCCGCGGCAUUGACUGCCGAGACGAGAGACACGGAAUUGCACCACGUCCAUCGCACUGUAAUCGUCCAGAUAACGCAGUAGUCCAUUUAUAUCGAAGAUAACAGCGACGAUACUCAGCGAAUAAAAGAAUCUCGCGUUACUCCUUGUCUUCGAUAAGACGCGUCUACGAUGCCGCCUUGCGACGAAAGAUGAGCGAUGAAAUAAUUUCCAAGUCCAACAACAUUUCCUUCGUGGACGAGGAUGCGCCUAAUGCGGACAGCGGCGCCUCUCGUCCCAUCGCUUCAUGGAUCACGUCGAAGAGAUUGACAAACGCCGAGGCGGGGGACGCGUGCUUGCGGAACGUGCGGUGCUUCACGACCUUUUCGGCUUCCGGUCCGUCGGCGAUCGCGAGUCGGGACCUGUCGGCAUUUGACAACGGCAAGAUGCUCAAUCAUCGGCGGGAGUCGCUUCAGCAACGUCACGCGCGACAAUCGUCCGUCUCGAGAAGAGAUCAGAACGAAGAAAUCGAGAGCGCGUCGCAGCGUUACGAAAACGUGGUGCUGAGAUACCAGAAACCGAGGCCGCAAUCUAAGCGACAGAUCAGCCGGGAACAUCAGCAGCAGCAGCAGAACAAUAACUCGAGCAGCGACGAGAGCGUCGCGAGAAACAAGUCAAAGAGCACCAGCUCGAUCGACGCACAAUCAGUGAACAAUAUUCUGGACGAGUACGAGGAUCUUGAUUAUUGCAGAUCGUCGGAUCUUAGCGACGUGGGCAAUAUUAACGUGACGAAUUUCGAGGCGAUAAUAAUGGAUCAACAAAAGCGGCAGCAGCAACAAGAAAGAUCGAAAGUAUCUGGCGCGAAAAUUCAGAUUAAAUCGAUUCCAACGAGGGAGAAGAUUCAACCGGUAUUAAAGGUGAACCAGCAGACUCAGGUGAGACAGCGUUCGCGGGACAGACAGAAGGAUUCCAGCAAAGCGCAUCAACAGGAUAAUUGUCGCGCCUCGUCGCCAACGACGACAGACGCGAUCGAGAGCGGUCGCUCGAAGAUGCCUGAGAUGUUGCUACGCAGAGGAGAGGUCCAGAAGCGGGUGGACGAGUGGCUGAAUCAGGCGCACAAUCAGAACUUUCCGUUGUCCCCUCGCGAAAAACCCCUAACAAGGUCCAACAGCAGCGCCGAACAAAAAAGCCAGCGAAGAUAUCGCGUCCAGGACUCGCAAUCGCGUUCGAUCGACGAGGCGAAGAGUAAAUUGAACGGUGGUGCCUCGUCGAGCUACGACGAUCUGACUCGGAUGGAUCAUAAGAUGGAGCGUGACAAGCCGGAGAGAGUGAAUGUUGGCGUAAACACCAGCAGAGGCACAUACAAAGAAUAUUUAGCGAUGAGGAGCAAAAUCAAGCAGCAAGAUUACGGUUUCGGCGCUCAGUCAAACGUCGCGUCGUCUAGAUCUGGCGAUUCCAAUCCGGCUUCCAGAAUCCCUCAGAGAGAGCCCUUAGGUUCGAGCUUCAGGUCCAGGCGCGCUGGAAUAACUUCGGAAGAAAAGAACCCGACCGAUGGCAGGAAUGCGAAUUUAAUGAAGACGAAAAACGAAUCCAAUCACGGUAGAACGACCGUUAAUAGCUCCAAGACGGCCGAAGCAUCUACCGUUACAUCAACGACAACGGCGUCAAUUAUUUCCUGUAGAAAGCCAUCGCUGAAGCGUUCUGGGAAUGUCGCGGAUCAGAAUUGUGCGGUGGCGCGUUUGCUCGUUAAGGAAGAGACAGAUCCGCGCUUGCCGCGCGGAGCAGGCUUCUCGAAGGGCCCACUGUCGGCCGCUAACCUUGGUGACCAAGGUGAGCUGAUCUCCCCAAAUAAGGAUGGAGAAAGUAGGCGACCAGGUGCUGCGGCAAGCGGGCCGAUGCCGCGACUCGCCGCCGAUAAAGCGAUCGAGGCGAUCUGUAAAUCAACGGAAGCGCCGACGAGUUGCGCCGCUGACCCUUCCCGAGACAAUCCGCCGAGAAUCGCCUCGAUGGAAUCGGGAAUGGCAAUCGAAUCACGACGUCGAUUACAGAUUUCCAGCGAUGUUCGUAGGGACGCGAUAUCGAUCGAUCAAUCGCGACAGGAGCAACCGAGCUACGGUUUGACAGUUGGCGCUCACGUGCGGGCUCUCCAAGGUCAAGCGGAGUCGCGCAGCGGUCUAAGAAUCAGAUGUCAUCAAGUCGGAGGAACAUCGAUGGAGAUCAGAAAGCCACCGGUCUUUUCGCGCAAAGAUCUCGCCGCGUCUCCUUCGCGAGACGUCGAAGCACAGAAUCCAACUAGGACGUCGAUCGACGUAACUUCCUCGAGCUUCAAGCCGAACAAUCGAGCCUACAUCGCGACAAACGAUUCGCAAAAACAAUCAAACGAGCAGAACGUCACGGAAUCCAAGAUCGCAAUCUGCGAGGCCGUCCCGUCUGGCAAAAUCACGCGUUAUACCUCACCCGAUCACGUGGAGAGGAUUUAUGAGCGUAGUCUACAACCGCAAGUGAUCCAUGCGGAUAAUCUCGAAUCGAUUCUUCGUCCUUCGCUACAAAUGUCGCCUUACGGUGAAAGAAUUGGCGCUUCCAGAUCAGAUCGAGACUCGUCCGUCAAACAAUGUGAAACAACAUUGGUUCUCGAAGACGAUUCGUUCGACAGAAUCGGCGAGUCGCGACACGAACAUCUCGAGACUAUCGAGGAGGACGAUCGGAAGAGCGAAGAUUCCGCCUGCAAGUAUCCAGAGAUUGGCUUGAAGCAGUGCUUGAAGGUGCAACAGAGUCUGCCGAACAGUAAAUCGAGAGAAUCGGCGGAUAAGAGAAAGGACAGUUCGAAUUAUGCCAAGGACCAGCAACAUCUGGUUGUCUUUAACGAGCCUGCGAGAACUUUCGCGACUUUCCAAACGACAUCACCUUGUCAGGGUAAUGUCAAGUCAAGUGUCCAGUCUAAAUCUUUGGAGAUAAAGGAAUCCAAGGAAGAGAUUAAACAAAAUUCAAACGAGACAACGAUGAUUCUUCAGGAUCUAGUGACUGGCUAUCAAAACGCGUCGCGAGACGAUCAGGAUCGACUGACGAUCCAUUCGCGGGAAAAUAGCAAUCUGUCAACUGCUACAAUUCCUAUCGAUGAACUAGAGAAUCAAAAAAAUUCAAGGUUAAAGACUGAGGGAGAAUCUUCUCGGAAUAGACUUCAGUUUAGUGAAAUGUUGCAAGAUCGCGUUGAAGAGACAACGAAGAAUGCUGAAGAGCGCGGUGCGGUGAUCAAUGAAGUUCUUGUUAAAAAUCUGCGAUUUGAGCAAGAUUUGCCGGAAAUUGCGGCCGAAACAAAAGUGGAUCAUAGUGUUCAGCCGGUGAAUUUUCAUAAUAUUUUGUGCGACGAUUACGAGAACGAGAAGUUGAGGAAGAGAAAAAUAUAUAUGACGAAGGAGGAGAUAGAUCACCAGAGACUAAUAGAUAUGCUGAAGAAGGGAGACUUGGAGGCGCUAAAGACGGAGCUGGAGAGGAGUUAUACGCUCUCGACCCCGGGGGGUAGCAGCCCCGUUUGUUGUCCGCCUUGCAGCCCGCCACCCGCGCCGGCCGCAUACAUAUCGAGCGCGCGCGCAUCCUCGCGCAGACUCGCCGGAAGUGGCCCCGGCGGGCCCACAUCCCCGGAAAGGGAUCCCUUGGGAAGACUGUUAAGAUUCCUGAAGACCUUCUACAGGGAGCUGGGCACCCGCGAUCCGCCUCACCUGCCAUCAUGGGCAUCCCCGCUCCCGCUCGGUACCCUAUGUCCGGCGCACUUUCAGCCGCAUUUGCAGUUGGUGCAUAAAAGCGAGCAGGAGCACCGUUUAGAGAACAUCAAACCCGACCAGAUCUUUGCCCCCGUCAGGCUAAGCGACGGCACGGUGUCCGAGGCGCCGCGGCGGGUCGCCGUCGAGGGUGGUCCCGGGAGCGGGCGGACCACUCUCUGUCUGCGACUACUGCAUCAAUGGGCGACCCAGAGCGACGGUCCCGCUCUGGCCUUUAUCGUGCCGCUGCGCGAACUUCGCGGCAGUCCUGUCCUAAAUUAUCUCGCGCGAGAAUUGUUGCCGAGGACGGCCGCGUUGGGCGACGCGGUCGCCCAAGUCUGGCGCACGUUGCAUUUGAUGGAGGACCGCGUGCUCUUCGUUCUGGACGGUUACGAUGAGUGCGUGGGCGGCCGAGCGUCCCUCGGCGAUGCGGCCGAUCUGUUGGAGGGUCGACUGUUCCCGGAUGCGAGAAUCCUGGUCACGUGCUCGCCCAACAACUCGACCGCCCUCGCGCCCUUGGUCCAGCGUAGGAUCCAUCUGGCCGGUCUCGAAUGGCCGCAUGUUGAGCGACUUUGCGUGGCCUACUUUAUUCACAAUGACAUUGCCGAGAAGGCCUGCGAAUUCCUUGAGGCGCUCAACGUACAGCCGCAAUCUGUCAGGCAGCUCGGCCAGCAUCCGCUCGGCUGGAUCAUGCUCUGCUGCCUGUAUCAGGAUUCCGGAAGUCUACCGACCGAGACAAGCGCUCUUGUACAAGCGGCGGUGAAGUGCAUCGUAAAGAGGAGCUUAGACCCACCGAUUCCCUAUAACGAAGAGAUUCCGGGGCACUGCAGGAAGCGCCUCGAGGACUUCGGCAAGGUAUCCUUGGCCGCUCUACGGGAAAACAGAUGCUGUUACACGGAAGCUGAGUUGAGGGCGCGGGGCGGCGGCAUCGAGGUCACGCGGCUCGGCUUCCUGACCAGGGGACUAACUUUCGGCCAGAGACGCAAGCCUGAUCUCUACACGCCAAUCCACACGGCGGUGGCGGAGUUCUUGGCGGCGUACUAUCUCACUUCAGUGGCGCAGUAUGCCAAUAUUUUGCGCCGCGAAUUGGAGGGUCUGCCCUCUGGCAUCAUCGGUCAUCUGGCCGGCCUGCUUGGUCCCAAGACCCACUUAAUUCUGAACCAAUUAUGCCCGUUGGAAGUGCCACCUAGAGCUGUGUUCUCCUUGUUAAAGGCGGCCGGCGCGUCCGAUGGCAACAUCUCGGCGGUCUGCCGACUAGUCGGGGCAGGCCCCGGUUUCGGUCCCGCGCCCAACGAACGACCGCCAGCCCCGUUGGUUCACACGUCACCCCUAGAAUUAGAAGGAUGGGCCAGGAUUCUGGAAAGUCCCGCUUGCACGCUCGAAGCGCUCGAGGUAGUGUUCCAAGUGGAACGAGGGUCCGAUCCCCGAUACCUCGACGAUUUCUUCGACGCUCUCGCUGGCAACGAGAGCGUCAAACUUGUCAGGAUCACGUCUCUGCUGGGACAAGAAUUCCCGGCGGACGAGGCGCAGCGAUUGGCCGGACACCUGAAGAGCGUGCUUGGCAAAAAGAAGCUCAACGACUUUGAGCUUGUCAUCACUUGUCUCGAGGAGGCGGCCCAUGAUAGACUGGAGUGCGUGGUGAACGCUCUUUGUCGCGGCCUGAGUCACGCCUCCGGCAGCCUGUCACGACUGGUGCUCGACAUGAAUCUGUCCGGCGAGCAAGUGUCCCGGGUCUGCGAGGCACUUCGCGGCUGCAUCCAAGUGCAGGCGCUGCACUUGCCCCAUUUAGGCUGCGGAUGCGAGGGCCUCGCCUCGGUGGCCGAAUUGCUGAAGGAACGGCCGCUGCUGGCACUCAACCUGGCUGGCAGCUGGGGCGCAAAGAACGAGGAUCCGUCCAGCUCUGGCAUCAGUAUGGGUUCAGGUUCCGGUUCCGGAAGCAGCGGCUGUGCCUCCAGCACCCUCGGCACCCUUCCCUUGAAUCGUUGCUACUCGUCUUUGCCCAGAAGCGCAUUGACGGCCUAUGGCAGUCUCACAAGACCCGCUACCCUGCCACGACUUCCUUUGGGCCUCGGCUUAGGCCCGGCACCUGCUACUGGCAACGGGCCCCUACCGCAAAACGAUCGGGAUCGAGACAGCAACGGUAGCAGCAAACGUAAUAGCGACAGCGUGCUCUGUCAUCGAUUACCUCUCUUACACCCUUUGCCUACUUGCGACGUCAGCAGUCAUCACGGCACCGGCUUUCACGAGAUAUUCAACGCUAUCAGAGAACCAAACUGCAAGCUAAGAUCUCUGAACGUGUCCAAGUGUCUUCUAGGCGGUUUAGAUGCCGGCUGUUUAGGCGAGACCAUUAGAAGGGCCCGUAAUUUGGACGCUCUGAGGGCGGCCGGUGCGUCGAGGCCAGCUGAUGUGAUGCCGCUGGUACUAGCUUUGACAGAAGCGCCGUGUCUCCAGUUACUGGACUUGUCCAGUCCUCGAUUGGCUUUGGACGAUCAUCCCUCGAGACUAUUAUGCCACGCUCUGGCCAGGAACACGACUCUGAAACUGCUUAGUUUGGAAGGAUGGACCUUUCGAAUAGAGGAAUCCGACAGUCUGGCAGUGUUCUCCGAGUUGUUGAGAUACACGAGCGUGCGUGAACUAAGCCUGUGCAACGCACGCUUGCAUUUAGCGGUGCAUGAGGGUCCUUUGGCGAGAUUAGGACGUCGGGACGAUGCCGGCGCCGAGCUUCUCCGAGCCGCACCACCUCCGGCUUGUCCUGCGAUCGUUUUCCUCAGACUAGCGGGAUUCCAGGUGACAGUGAACGAUCGUUUGGCGUUGCGCGGACCGUUGUUGCUACCGUUCCUGGCGGGUUUCACAUCGCUGAGCGAGCUCGAUCUGUCGCUGGACAAGUCGACGAUCGGCGGUAGCAGCGGCUCGUUGCUCUUCAUCGACGACAAGAUACUGCAGCAAUUCUUCUGUUGUCUGGCGGCGCAUUUUCGCAGUCUACAAUCGCUCCGGAUCAACUUUUGGCGGAUCACUCUGGAGGACAGCGACCGCACGAUGCGGCAGAUCGCCAAGUAUCUCAAGUUGUGCGGCCUGAGCUUCCUAAGGGCGAACGGCCUGAUUGUCACUGACAGCGCCAAGCGGGUGCAAAUGGAGCACGUGUUCGUGCAGACGAUCCUCACGCAUUUGCAAUGCCUCACUUGGUUGUGCCUGGACGGCGUUGAGCUUACCGAGGCGCAAGCCACCAGUAUCGGCAAGUGCGUGCGCGAUCGUUAUCCCGGCACCGCCUUGGAAAUCAGUGCCAAAGACGUGCACAUGAAAUCGGUCAAGGCUCUGGUGACCGCGGCCGAGGAAGGUGGCAGAACGGAAGUAGUUUAUACCGGCGGCCCCAGUUGCCGCCUGAAGAUCACGAAGAUGCAGAAGGGCGGUCGGGGUAAAAAAAAAUGAGGUGGUCGCAAAUUAUAAUUUUGGAGAAAGUUACCUUGGAAUAAUUUGCCGCGAGGCAAGGGAAAAAAAAAACGAAGAAUCAAUCGAACGAAAUGAUUUGAUCUCUUCGCGAAUGAGAUUAGAUUGUGAUUAAAAGAAUCCAGACAGAGAAGGAAUUAGAGAACAAGAAGAAGGAAUAAAGUCGACAGAUCGUACUCCGAGGAAGAUGUAGAGAAUCAAACGAAAAAUUAAAGAGAGAUAUAAUAUAGAUGUAACACAGAUUUUCUAGAAAAGACAAAUAUAUCGAGCGAGAAUCAACGUCGAUUUCAGUCGUGUGACGCACGGUGAAGGAGAGAAUGAAAAUGCAAGGGGAUAUAAAAGAGGAAAUGCGGGUUAACUUUGUGGAUUUUUAUCUUACUGUGAUUUCAUUUCCUGCGCGUGCGUUUCGGGACGCGUUAAUCUAUAAUGUAGACUUUAUAGAUUGUAGCGAUUAUUAGCUCUCAAAGAUGAUUCAUUGCGACAACGAAAAGUAUUUUCGCUCAUCUAACGUUUUCAUGAAACUAAUAGUAUCAAAAAAGCACAAACAAAAAUAUUUGUUACGUAAAAUGACUUUUUAACAAAAUGAAUAUCAUUGGCCGUCAAUAAAAUUGGAUCACAUGAGUAAAACUGUUGCCAAACGAAGAAGCAAGAGAGAAAAAUCUGUUUGAAAGUAAAUAUUUCUUUUUUCUCUUUCGGCAAAAAGCAAAAUUUAAUAUUAGCUUGUAAGUAGCAUCGAUAUCGGAGUCGAUAUUAAUAAAUUAAUAAUAAAAAACAUGAUUGUUCUAAAAAUAGUAGCUUGCAAGUAGCAUCAUUAUCAGAAUCGAUAUUAAUAAUUACAUGUCUUAUUUUUCCUUCCACAUGUUUUCGUAUUUUCUGCAAUCUCUUAUGCGAAUAAAAUCUUUGUUUUCAGGCGCACGAGAAAUUAUAUUAUUUUCAAUUAUAUAUUUCAAAAUAUUCGCUUUAAUGAAUAGGAGCAAAAUCGCUUUUGCUUCAUAUUUUAUUUAUAUAAUCCAUCAUAGCUAUCAGUGGAUUUUUGUGGAUAAAUCUCAUUAUUAUUGUUAGAAACCUAAAAAAAUAGUUGAUUGGGAUUCCGUUGGAUGAACGAAAGCUCGAUGCCGUGUGUGUGAAAGAAUCUUUUUAAUAUUUUUUAAAGAACGAGAGGAAACGGAAAUAAUUAUCGCGAGACGAGAAGAAUAUUUAAGCGGGAAAACAAGAGGCUGUUGCAAUUACAUAAGUAACGUUUGUUGUUGUUAGAUGGAGAUGUAAGAUAUAAUUCAGAGUAAUAUAUUAUUUAGCGAUAUAGAUCACACGAUCGUCACACGAUAUUAUUAAAUGUUACGACCGACUGUCAUUUGUGAUCGGCGAGGAGAUUCGGUAGCUUUACCGAACCGGGUGGCGUAUUGUUGAGGAUUUGAAGAAAUUUUAUAGAAUAAAUUUUAAACGCGCGGUAAAAUACACGAAACACACACGUACGUGCGUAUUACGUAUAUAUUACGCAUUUUUCCGCGAAAGGCGUGAAAGCAAAGAAAGUCGAACAUUCAUAAUUCUCUAACAAUAAGAUAAGGAGUACACAUAUAGGCAGAAGAGGCACCGAUGCAGGCUAUAUAUUGUUGUAUAAAAUAAUUACUUAUUGUAAUUAAGAUGACUGCCAAACGUAAUAUUUGAAGAGCCGCAUUCUUCGCGUGCUGCAUUUAGCGCUAAUGAUGUUAAUGUAUAUCGUUAUUCUAAUAAAAAAAAAUGAUCGCUUCCAAUGUCAUUGUGAAUAAGCGUCCGAUCAUCUUUAGCGCUAGAUGUGAAUUGCGAAUGCUUUGGUACCGUUUAUCAAUGUCGCGCAAACAUUUUAGAAAGUCGUUCCUACGAUUGUGCUACGAAUCCAAUAAAGCGUAUCUUACGUGAGCCGAGAACGAGUUACGCGCAACGUGAUUUCGAUUGAUAGAUGAUCGAUCGUGAUCAACCGCACCAACGAUAACUGCCAUUCAACUGGAACCACUAAUAAAAAUAGAAGGAAGCAAUCGGCAAAACGCGAAGGGAGUCUUUGUUGAUUUUUGAGUUCCGCCUUAUAUAAAGCGCCGAUCGAAAAUCUGACAUCAAUCUUAAUAAAUGCGUAUAUAAUAUAUACUGUAAAAAAAUAUUAAAUGUCAUAAAAAUUUUUAUUAUAGAACGAGAUAUAUAUAUAUAUAUAUAUAUAUACUUGAGAAGCUAUAUAAAAAUAAUAUACAAAAAUAUUUAAAUAAAUUUUAAUUUUAUUGGAGAGUUCGAUUAAUAAUCUUUAAAAAAUGUUUGAUUUAAUUAAUUAAUUAAAUAAUUUCAGUUUCAACGUCUUAACUUCUUUAAAAAAAAUUUUAUUGCAUUUUUAAAACAUUAUAUAUCAAAUGUCUUUUGUGAUCAAUCUUUAAAUUGAAUUUUGAAAAAAAAAAGAAACUAUAAUAUUUGUCCGAAAAUAAUUCUAUAAUUAAAUUAAUUGAUUCUAGAGGAUCUCUUAGCUCCAAUACAUGUGAAAAAAAAAAUUACAGCUGAAAUAUCAAAAAUGCAAGACUGUUCAUUGCUUUUUUGAUUUAUGAUUUCGGAUUUUGUCUGGCGCUUAUACACGACAGUACUCGUUGAGAAUUUUCUCUCCCUUUUCGUGAUGUUUUUCUAGGACGUACAGCAUCAUCCUGCGUAAUCCUUUAUUAUCCGAAACUAGAUACGUAAAUGCUCCCGCUCGAGCGUGUGUAUGACGAAUUUUGUCAUUUUUGAUAGUUUGCUAUGUAAAUACAUAAGAAUUUCUUCGCAAUCAUACUGCGCGCCACGAAAGAGAUUACACCGCGCGAUCUGUUAACAUUUGUGAGCCCAUUUUACGAGAAAAUCAACACUCGGCAAGACUGAAGUUGAUGGUCACAUAUAUAUAUAUAUAAUACACUUCAUACACACGCGCGCACACAAGUGCAUACACAAAUAUAUAUUAGUUACGUGGCCAAGCGAUUAAAAUCGCGGCAACUUGCGAGAUAAGCGCCCAAUAUACUCGCACGUGCCAAGAAUCAACUUGAAUAAUUUUAUUAUAAAUAUUUAUGUAUUUAUAUGUGUACACACAUAUCUUCUCGAAAUAAAUGUAAUAUGUGUUUGAGAA